GUCUGAGAGGGUGGAAGUGAGUGAUGAUUGAGGUGGUUUGCAACGACCGUCUGGGGAAGAAGAUCCGCGUGAAGUGCAACACCGAUGACACCAUCGGGGACCUGAAGAAGCUGAUCGCCGCCCAGACGGGGACCCGUUGGAACAAGAUCGUGCUGAAGAAGUGGUACACAAUCUUUAAGGACCACGUUUCUCUGGGCGACUAUGAAAUCCAUGAUGCGAUGAACCUGGAGCUUUAUUACCAAUAAAGCAGAACUUCUUCCUCGUGCCCGGUCCCCCCGCCCCUCUCCCGCUCUCAGCCC